AUGUCCGACACAAAGCACACAACAACGCCUGAGGCCGCCGCUGCCGCUGCAGCAGAUAUUGUUAGGAAAGCGAAGAGGGAGGGGACUCUCAGCAAGCUGACUCCGAGGCUAAUACGCCGAGAGGUCGAGCAGCAACUUGGAGCGGCGGAAGGAGAGUUCGAUGCUAAGGAGUAUAAGAAGGCCAUUACUGGGGCCAUUGCGUCCGCCAAGGAUGAGCCGGAGGAAGACGUUAAGCCACAAAAAUCGAGCAAGAAACAAGUAACCCCUGGGGACAACACGACCCCUCCACAGAAAGCUGGGACACACAAGUCCAAAUCAGUGAUAGAAUCAGAGGAGGAAGAGGACGAGGCGCCGAAGAAGUCUAGACCCAAGCAACCCACCUCUGCUCCCGUUGUGCAGUCUUCAGAAGAUGAGGCAGAGCAGACUGCCUCCGCAGAAAAACCACCACCCGAAUCCAAGAAGCCUAAUGAGGGUAAGCCGCCCAAGAAGAAACGGAAGAAGACGCCCAUAGCCUCUGAGGAUGAGCGCGAACAAGCUGACACCAACCCGCGGGGAAAACCUAAGAGCAAGUCCGCCGAUGCCUCCAAGGUCUUCGUCCCCGUGGGUGGAACGCCGGAGGUUGACGCUGGGGAGAAAAGCGACUCUGAAUUGUCCGUCCUUAUUGACGAACCGCCGAAGAAGAGAACGAAGAAAAAGAAGGAAGAUGGGGAACCCAAGCGCAGCAAGACCAAAGACUCUAAGUCAUCCAAAGAAAAACUCGGGAAAACUUCCAAGACAAAAUCGAGCGACAAUUUCUCAAAAGACGAGGAAACGAUCAAACGCCUCAAGUCAUACGUGGUGGCCUGCGGCGUGCGCAAAAUAUGGUCCAAAGAAUUCGAAGGCCUGGACAGACCCUCGCAGCAAAUCGCACGGCUGAAGGAGAUCCUCGCCGGCCUGGGCAUGACCGGCCGACUCAGCAUGGAGCAGGCCAAGCAAAUACGGGAGAAAAGGGAGCUGGAGAAAGAACUCGAGGAAGUGCGUCAGUUUGAGGCCAAGAUGCUUGCCAAGGGCACGAGGAAGCAUAAGACGUCGGAGGACACGGCCGAAGAAGACGGCGAGGAAGAGGAGGAAGGGGAUACGAGGAGAACGCAGAGGAAUGCUGCCCGGCGGAGUAUCAUGGCCUUCUUAGGUGACGAGAGCGAUGAUGAGUGAGGUGGAAGAUGCUCCUAGACUCUCAGUUAUGCGUAUUUAUCGAACUGCAUAGUCAUACAUUUACUGUUUAUCCAAUAAAUCCACCACUGUUAUUUUACAGUAAGCUAAAGGGUCCCUGCAUAGUGGUACAGUUCAUGUCCAGCGACCUCCCAAUCCCAGAUUUGUUAUUCAAGGUGAAUUGUGAAAA